GGCGACACAUUUUAUGGAAAAAAUAUUUUCUUGUUAAACAUUGCUUGUUUUCGCUUUGAUUCCAGAGACCUUUCUUCUCUAUUUGUUGUCAGUUUAAAAUUAGGGAUUCGUAGAUUGUAUUGUUAAUAACAUCUGCUGCAAUGAAAGGAGGUGGUGCUAACCCCUAUCCAGAUCUGAAGGGUCAUUUGGGGGUCAGGAGUAGUCCACUGUCCCCUACGGCGAGCAAGCUGACAUCACAGUAUAUUGUUAUGGAUCAUUUAAAUGCCCACUACAGGAUGAUCAACAAUGCAAAACCCGCGAUUGAUAACAAAGCUCCGAAGGCUUGGACAUCAAGCACCAAAACUCGAGAUCGCAUUAGAAGGAAUGAUGCCAAGAAGAAUGGUGGUGUCCCAAGUAGAAGUGCCCAAAAUUCUCGUCCAAACUCCAGGAUGUCCAUUACCUCACGUCGGUCAAUUGCAGACCAGAUAGAAGCCUAUGAAGCCUAUUUUAAUGAUGAACCAGAGAUUGGAGCAAUUGUAAAGAGUACUAUUCCACAGCAGCAUUCCCAGCCUGGCCAGGACAUCUACAUCGAACGGGCCAACACAGAAGACAUGAGAUUUGUGGAUCAGAUGGUAUCAGACUCGUACAACAAUCCAAACACAUACAGGAGUCCUCGGCCCAUGAGGUCCAUGAUUCCAGACACGAUGAAAGCUGGUAGUGGAAACCCUAACGUGGCUACUCCCAGGAAGUGUGUCGCGGGUGAUUUACUGGAUGACCACUCCCACAAAUUCAAAGAGGGCAAACCCUUCACACCAAGAACUCUGAAUACAAAAAAUGUCAAGUCCAAACUGAGCCAGUUCAAGUAUUACAAUGCCCCAAAGAAGCGCUCCGCAAGCAGCAAGGGUGGAAGCAAGGGAAUACAGGAGGAGAAGUUUGAGAAGAUGGAGACCAUGAAUACCAUGGCGACAACUCAGGAUUUGACCUUUGAACCCCUGAGGAGUAAAGAUUUCAAUCAGUUGUCAUCACACCGUGAGAAGUCCGCCAAUAUUCCUCGCCUUGAUAUCAGUGUGGAUCAAGAUCACAUGGUUUGGCUUAACGAACAAGCAAAGAAGGCUCAGGUCCGUGUUGGGUCGACUCGUCAAGAUGAAGUGAAGGCGGAGAGGGCCACCGUGAACCAUUCUGCUAACUUGAAUCAUACUGGUGGCUUGAAUGAUACAGCUGGGUUGGAUCGCACUGGUGGUUUACGCACUUCUGAUUUACGUACUUCCGGUACGUUAAGGAGCACCGGGACAUAUAGGAGUGGCACGCGUGCGAAUGAAGUUGUCACCGCUUCUGAUGCAUUAACAAGCCAUCGUUCUUUAGGCAUGUCUCAUACAAUGCAAAAAGUGGACACGGAAGAGGAAGAAUUGAAGUAUUUGGAGUUUGUCAGUGACAUCACUAGCGACGUUCUUGAGAGGGGAAUAUUCACAAACAGAGUGCUAAAACAGGUGUUUGGACAUCAUUUAGAGGAGAAGAAACAUGAGCUGAAAAUUAGCCGAAUGCGAGCCCUAUUGGACAAGCUUCGUGAGGACCUUGGCAUUCCUGAAUCUGAUGGCGAAGGAGAGGAAGACUUCGGCCUCAAAAGUAACGUCAAAAUGUCGGAUGAAAUUUACCAUGCGAGCACGGAGCCACCGAAGCCACAACCUCGGGCACAGGCACGGCAUGUACAACCUCAAGUGGAAACACGGCAUAAGUUUGUGAGAGCUAAGGAUGAAGUUGACUACAGAUCACCCGGUGGCAUGAAUGGUGACACUGGUUUGACUAACAAACAUGCUGAGGAAACGAUUUCAAGAAAAAUGGAACAGGUGAACUUCUCGCAACCGCCUUGUGUGACCAUGUCCCCUGAUCAUGGACCGCAUCCGCCGCCUAAAAACGGUAUAUUGUCAGAUGCCAUCGAUGAAGAGGAAAGUGUUCAAGAAUCUGAGCAGAAUUCGAUGAUGUCGGAGCAAGAGGGAAGCUUGACGAGUAACAUGGACGAAAUGAGUACGAAUCGUUCCCUUCCACAGGAACACAAGUGGAUGAAAAAUGCCUCUAACUUUACAAUGACUCUGAAACCAGGCCAGUUGGAUAUGACACUUGUCAAACCAAAGCCUCGCUCACGCGAUCACAAGAGACUUGCAGAGACUGUUCCAGCUAAUCCUCGUGCUAGGAGGCGGGAAUUAGCCCAUCAUAUUGAAGAGAAGCCAGAUGAUCUGGGAACUACGGGGGAAAUGUCCACUCUCACAGAUGUUACUGCCUUUGGUGAGAGCGAACAUAACAGAGAGGAUAAGUUUGAUGUUGCAUCGGUUAAGAGUGACGCCACUUUGAAAAAUGAACCAUUGAAAGGAAGUGUGUGCGGGUCAACACCUGGGUCUCCUAGGGGGAGUGCACAUGGUUCCGUUAAAUCUCAUAGAAGUAAUCGGGAGGCAAGCGAAAAUGGGUCAGUGAAAGGGAACAGGCUGGCGUCCCCAAGGGGUAGUAUUAAGCUGGGGUCUACUACAUCUGUUAAGGCCUCCAAUCAUGCACAUGAUGGCUUGGCUUCUGAACAAGGUUCAUCUGGUACCUUGCAGGGAAGUCUAGAGGGCUCAACCACAUUCAUCACAGCCGAUACUAUGCAUUCAGCUCUGCAGGAAAGCCCUCGGUCAUCUCCGAGGGCAAGGGCCCAACCAUCUCCGAGGGAAAGUCUAAAUGGGCCACAUAAUGCCUCUGUCCGUACUGCUGAGGGUAGGUCAGAUUCGUACGCUGCUGAACACACUGCUGUGGCAUCUGUUAAGGGUUCACAGGCCUCGAUACGCACUUUCAUUGAGGCCGAGGUAGAAAAUGAUAGUGUCUUCUCUGACAACUCUGCUGCCCUUGAAAGCGAACCGGAGGAGACUCCAAAGGGACAAAAAACAGUCCCAUCAUAUUCCAAGAAAACCGCAAAUUAUGAUGGAGAUGAUGAUGACGAUUUUUAAAAGUCAACUUGUUCUCAGUUCAGUUUUGUUAUAAACUGUCACCGAUUUAUGGUUAAUCAGGAUUGCAAAAUCUUUGUUAUAAGUGGAUUUUCGUUGUUUAACAGUAAUGUCAUAAUGAGCAUUCAUUGAAAGAUAAUCUCAGGUCAGUAGCCGAUUGUGACACUGCACGUUUAAUAUUGUAAAUGUAAGCUUACUGGCAUGCAAUGUGAAUAAGUGAAAGCAAUAAGCCUUACCUAUAUUAUUGUGCUGUGAUAUAAAAGUUUUAGGUAAGGAUAGCAAUGUUUUUGUCUUUAAACUAAGAUCAGAAGAUUUUGGGUGAACUUGUAUUGUGAACAGGUCUGGGAAAUUGAUUUGGUCUACUGUAGUUAUGAUUGUUAUGAUUGUAAUGAAGACAAUAUUGACAUGUGCAGAUAAGUAUGUGGGGCACUUCUUGUCACAUGGGUACCUGAGCACAGUUUACUCAGAUAUGGACUCGAUUAAUGUGAUAAGGCCAACUUUUUCUAUCAUAUGACAGCAAUAGAGAUUGUCAACAUAAUGGAUGUUCAUGUCAUCAGAUGUACAUUAGUGGGUAAAGUCUAUUCAUGACUUCAGUGUCCAAUUGUUUGCUUCAGUUCAGAUCAAUACAAGAGCAUAUAUUUCCAGUGAACAAACGGAAUACAGUACAAGUCAAUGUUUUGUCUUCUAUAAUGCACUGUUUGUAAAAAUAGUGUUGCCUUCUGAAGAUAUGUGUUUUACUUCAAUCAGGCCAGAUUGAGAUUGUGUGUAUAGCUAUUUGAUACUAUUUUGAGAUUUUAUGGUGAAUGUUGGUGCUCAUGUUAUUCCGUCCAGACGCUAUGAGCCUUGUUACUGUGAUAGUCCAAUGGUUUUAUUGAUAGUUUUAGCACCAACUCACCCUACUCAUAAUAACAAGAAUUAAUGAAGACAUAUGUUUAUUAAUUCUUGAUAAUAAGCAUCAUUAUUUCAUUUAUGUCUUUGUAGAGCAAUAUAAUAUUUUGAUGUAAUAACUGUUUUAUUUAUUGAUACCAGUAGUGUAGUUGUAUAUCAUAGCAUCUGACCUAUCAUGGGUCAUAGUAGUUAUGCCAUUCACGUCCUCUAGGGAUUGAAGACCAAGUAGUGAAAUGACAGAACUUGAUGAGUUGUACUUGUUCUAUUGUCUUCCUUGAAUUGUACUGCUUGUAUGUUUGUUAUUUUGGGGACAGUGUGAAUUGUGUGAAUGGGGUCAAGCUCUUGUGUAACAUGUAUUUGAGAACAUUUUAUCCUCGUCCCUGUCUCAUCCAUUACUGUCCUUUCCAUCUAUACAUGUAAUAAUUGUCUUGUUUUGAAACUUUCCUCAUUUCCUUGCACAUCAUCGCUCUGCAUUUGUACAUGAUGAGUUGUCAGUUUUGUUAAAAAUUUACUGGUGGAAGUUUUGCUAUUGCUGAACAAGCAAAAGGGUGGUUUCUUUUUAUGUUACUGUUCACAUGCUUCCAGUGCUCUGCUGACGGGAAGCAUAUAUUGCAUACAUCACAAGUAUUUAGGCCCUUAGCAAUAGGCUUACCAUAAUCCAUGUAACAGCUGUGCCAGUUGGGUGCUACUUGACUUAACACCUGGCUCUUAACAUACAAUAGUUGUGGUUACAGUGAAAAUAGUUCUGUUGAAUGCAUGGAGACAAUGUGUGUAACACUUCUAAUUGUUUUUAACACUAAAUUACCUUUAAUCAUCAAACAUCCUGGAAACAAUGGUGUAAUUAACAGCUUAGGUCUUGUUUGUCAGAUUUUGUUAAAACAGUUUGUGUGAUGAGAGGACUGAUUGUCGUCCUAAUCAGGGAAUUUUGAUCAAUAUUAAGAUUCCCUGCCAUAUUUCAGCAAAGCAUGAUUACUGUUGGGGGAAGAGAUCCUGUCACAAAUCAGUAAUAUCUUUAAGAGGUGAUACUUUGAAAGGUUCAUGUGAUUAAACAAAACAUUUGAAAGGGUUAUAUAUAAAAAAUAUUUUAAGGUUAAAUGAUUGAUAUUUAAACUGCCUGUUGAAAUGCUUUUGGUAUUAUGAGGAUGUAGGAUGGUAGACCCCCAGUUGAAAAAAUAGAAAACAAAGAUUCAGCCAGUUAAGGUUUCUUGGUCUUGUGAUUCGAUUGUGACAAUUAUUAGAGAUGAACUGUAUACCCGCCAAAAUUAUUAUGAGCAAGUUUAGGUAGUUGGACAAAGUGACUUGCACAGGUUACCUUUCACUUAAUGUUGUACAUACAUGUAUCAGGCUUGAUUGUAUAUGAAAAGUAGAGCCUUGAACAAAAUAUCAUCUGGUGUUUGGACACCCCAUCGAGUAGACAUCACACACAUAUGUCAGGUAUGAGAUUGUGCAAAACCCGAGUAGCUGGUAGUAAUGUUUGCUGUCUUCUAAACAUAGUUCAAAAUUUCUAUCCAUUCACUCACUGCUGCAUUAAUGUCCAAAAUUCUGUACAUGUACAUGCUUAUGUAAAUCUGUAUUAAAAGAAGAAGAAUGUAUAGAUUUAUUUGUCUAACA